AUGGAAGGGGCUGAGCUCAGCAGGGAAUAAUUAGGGCCUACAGAGACGGGUUUUAGGUCUCCCUGGCCUCUGGAGUGAAGUUACAGACCUUCGCAGUGAGUGUUACAGCUCUUACAGAUGGCGCAACUAGAACUGUUCAUCACUCCCAGUGAGUCCGUGGUCUCGGCAACUUCAGGAGUGAAACUGCAAACCUUCGCGGACCGUUUUUGGAAGGAAGUACUGACAAAUCAGAAAAUGAUGCACCUCCCAAAGGUGUAUAGGUCAGUGCUUCUCAUCGCCCUCAGCUCCUACAGAAAAGGCCGUGGAGACAAAGGCUUUUGGAAACAAGUCUACCAAACACUGAGGAGGCCGCCCUUCCGCAGCACCAUCUCUUGGGAGGAGCAGGUGAGUCCUUACUCUGCCUACCUUCACGGCCUCCUGUUCUAUGCUGAGACCGUGAAGCAGGUGGUAAAGGCUGGAGGCGACUUCCAGGACGGGCAGCUGGUCAGCGCUCUGAAGGGUUCCAGUCGGACCACAGUGCAGGCAAUCACCGGCCCUGUGUUUGUGGAUGCCCAGGGAGAAAGGCACAUGGAUUACUCUGUCUGUGCCCUACAGAAGUCUGAAAAUGGGCCCCUUUUUCUUCCUUUUCUUCAUUAUGACAGUUAUCAGAAAGUAAUCAGACCCACAGGGAAUUUCUCCAAUAUGACCUGGCCCCAUGGCUCCCUUCCUGAAGACAGACCUGGCUGUGGAUUUUAUAAUGAGCUCUGUGAAAGUGAGCCUGCUUUUACGGGUAAGUAUGGCUGCGUGACUGCUGUGCUUCUCACAAUGAUGAUCCUCAUUCCUGUCUUGGGAGCUGCCAUCAUAGGUCUGAUUUUAAGGAUGCAGAGGCAAAACAAAGACAUCUGGUGGCAAAUCAAUUUUGAUGAUAUCACCAUUCUUCCCCAGAACAAGCCAUCCCAGAGAGGCACACCUGUGUCAAGAAGCAUCAACAGUAACUCAUCUAGUGUGAUGAUUUCUGUGGACCUCAGCUCUUUUGUCAAGAGCCAGCAGGGGGAAGAGCUCUUCUAUGCCCCAGUAGGGCUUUAUCAGAACAUUCCACUUUUUCUUUGAUUCUGGGGAAACCAUGUGGCCAUCUGCUACGUUGGUGACCAAGCAGAAGCCUGGGUUAGGAAGCUGACUGUGCUACAGGACAUACAGCUGAUGGGUGAAUUAAGGCACGAGAACAUUGUUCCCUUCUUUGGUAUUUGCACCGAACCACCUAACACCUGCAUUAUCACCCAGUAUUGCAAAAAGGGAAGUCUUAAGGUAAUUUUGAGAAACUCGGAUCAUGAAAUGGAUUGGAUAUUCAAACUCUCAUUUGCAUAUGACGUAGUCAAUGGCAUGCUGUUCCUCCACAGGAGCCCCCUGGGCUCCCACGGCAACCUGAAACCUUCCAACUGCCUGGUGGAUGGUCAGCUGCAGGUGAAGCUGUCGCAAUUCGGGCUGUGGGAACUCAAGCAUGGCCGAAAAUACAGAACAUAUGAUGAGACAGUGACCGACCACUCAGAGCUCUACUGGACUGCCCCAGAGCUGCUGCGGCUCCCGGAGGUGCCCUGGUCAGGUACCCCGCAAGGAGAUGUUUACAGCUUCGCCAUUCUGAUGAGGGAUCUGAUCUACCAUUGGGACCACGGGCCCUUUGAUGACCUCCAUGAGGCACCGGAUGAAAUCAUCAACCGAAUCAAAGACCCCGCAGCAGCUGUCCCACUGCGACCCUCCGUGCCUGAGGAGAAGGGCGAUGAGAAGAUCGUGGCCAUGGUGAGGGCGUGUUGGGAUGAAUCUCUGGAGAAAAGAUGCAGUUUCUCUUCCAUCAAGAAAACUUUAUGAGAGGCCAGUCCCAGAGGCCAUGUGCGCAUACUGGCCAGUAUGAUGAGCAAGCUGGAAGUGUAUGCCAAUCACCUGGAGGAAGUGGUGCAAGAGAGGACCAGCCAGCUGACUGCAGAGAAGAGGAAGGUGGAGAAGCUUCUGUCCACCAUAGUGCCCAGCUUCAUUGGAGAACAACUCCUAGCCGGAAGGUCCAUGGAACCAGAACAUUUUGAGUCUGUGACAAUCUUUUUCUCUGACAUUGUUGGGUUCACAAAGCUGUGUUCUCUCAGCUCCCCUUUGCGAGUCGUCAAGCUCCUCAGUGACCUGUACAGUUUAUUCGAUCAUAUCAUCCAACUUAAUGAUGUUUAUAAGGUUGAGACCAUUGGAGAUGCGUACUUGGUGGCUUGCAGACUCCCUAUCCGCAAUGGAAGCCAGCAUGUGGCUGAGAUUGCCACCAUGUCCCUGCACUUCCUCAGUGCCACCAUCUGCUUCCAAAUUGGGCACAUGCCCCAGGAGAAGCUCCAGCUUCGGAUUGGCCUCCACACAGGUCCUGUGGUGGCUGGUGUGCUGGGGAUUACCAUGUCCAGAUACUGUCUGUUUGGAGACACUGUGAACAUGGCGUCCAAAAUGGAAAGCAGCAGUUCACCUCUCCGGAUUCAUGUCUCUCAGAGCACUGCAGGCGCCCUGGUGCCAUGUGGGGGGUAUGAUGUGCAAAAGAGAGGCACCAGUCCGGUCAAGGCCUUCCUUUGCCUCCCACUGGGCAAAGGAGAGCAAACAACUUACUGGUUGAAAGGUAAAGAAGGCUUCACUCUUCCACUCCCCAAAUUUACUGAAGAAAAAGCCAAAGUCCCAGAGAUAUUGUGA